GAAAAGUUUCAAGUCCGUUACUUUCUCGCGCCCUUCUGUGUCUGGUUCAUUUUCAUGGAUGAAAUCCAAAUGGAUCUUUCACCAACUAAACUCCCGUCACCCUUCUUUGUCUUCUCUUUUUUCUCCCCUCAAACCCAAAACAAUAUCACAACACUCACAUUCAAAACACCUCCUCAACCAUGUAGAAAUCAGCCACCUAUUAUCUUUUUCCGCAAGAAAGGGCUAUUUUUUUAUGGGUCCUUCUCUUCUAGCCUCCGUUAUCAAAAGCCCGCAGUUUGUUGACACCCAAGACCAUUAUAAAGUCCGUUAUGUUACGGUUAUUUGGAACUCUCUUUUGUCUUUAUUCGCAAAAUGUGGUUCAAUAACUGAUGCCGUUAAGUUGUUUGAUGAAAUGCCGGUGAGAGAUACAGUGUCGUGGAAUAUAAUUAUAUCUGGGUUUCUGAGAAAAGGGGACUUUGAUACUGGUUUAGGGUACUUUAAGAGAUUGCUUGAAUUGGGUUUUGAUCGGUUAGAUAAAGCCAGUUUUACUACAAUUUUAUCUGCUUGCCAUAUACAUGAAUCUAGUUUUGUCACUAAAAUGAUACAUAGUUUAGUUGUUUUAAGUCGGUAUGAACAAGAAGUAACAGUCGGCAAUGCUUUGAUUACUUCAUAUUUUAAAUGUGGGAGUUGUGGUUUGGGGAGGCAGGUUUUUGGUAAAAUGGGUGAAAGGAAUGUUAUUACUUGGACUGCUGUUAUUUCUGGUCUUGUGCAAAAUCAGUUGUAUGAUGAGAGUUUGAAGUUGUUCAUGGUAAUGCGUUGUGGAUUGGUUAAUCCGAAUUCUUUGACAUACUUGAGCUCACUGAUGGCAUGUUCAGGUUUGCAAGCAUUAAGGGAAGGGCAACAAAUCCAUGGAAUUCUGUGGAAGUUGGGGAUUCAGUCGGAUCUGCGCAUUGAGAGUGCACUGAUGGACAUGUACUCAAAAUGUGGAAGUAUGGAAGAUGCUUGGCGAGUUUUUGAGUCAGCUGAGGAACUUGAUGAGGUUUCCAUGACUGUAAUUCUUGUGGGGUUUGCACAAAAUAAGUUUGAGGAUGAAGCAAUCCAAUUUUUUGUGAAAUUGGUUAAGGCUGGAGUUGAGAUUGAUCCAAAUAUGGUUUCAGCUGUUCUUGGUGUAUUUGGUGUGGAUACUUCUUUGGGUCUCGGUAAGCAAAUUCACUCCAUGACAGUUAAAAGAGGCUUCACCUUUAAUCCCUUCAUAAGCAAUGGGCUCAUCAACAUGUACUAUAAGUGUGGAGAUUUGAAGGAGUCAGUCAAAGUUUUCAGUCGAAUGCCUAAGAAGAAUUCAACCUCAUGGAACACCAUGAUUGCAGCUUUUGCUCGUCAUGGAAAUGGUCAUAGAGCAAUAGAUUUGUAUGAAGAGAUGAAACUGGAAGGUGUCGAACCAACAGAUGUUACAUUUCUUUCUUUGCUUCAUGCUUGUAGCCAUGGUGGCCUAGUCGAAAAGGGCAUGGAAUUCUUCAAUUCAAUGACUGAAGUUUACAGAAUCAGUCCCAGGACAGAGCAUUACGCUUGUGUGGUUGACAUGUUGGGUCGGGCAGGACUUCUAAACGAAGCUAAAAGCUUUAUCGAAGGAUUGCCUGUGAAGCCUGAUUUACUGGUUUGGCAAGCCUUACUUGGUGCUUGCAGCAUUCACGGUGAUUAUGAAAUGGGAAAAUAUGCUGCUGAUCAGUUGUUUCUGGCUGCACCCGACAGCCCAGCACCGUACAUUUUACUAGCGAAUAUAUAUUCAUCCAAAGGUAAAUGGAAAGAACGAGCAAGAACUAUAAGAAGAAUGAAGGAAAUGGGGGUGGAUAAAGAAACAGGUAUUAGUUGGAUUGAGAUAGAAAAUGCAGUCCAUAGCUUUGUUGUUGAUGACAGAAGUCAUCCAAAGGCUGAGACCAUUUAUGAAGUUUUGGCAGAGUUGUUUAGACACAUGAUUGAUGAGGGUUAUCAACCUGACAAGAUGAAAAGUAGCUAAUUGUUUGAUUCAUUAACUACUAGUUGAAAAUUCUGAAUUCUCUUGACCCAGAAAUUUGAGAGAAUUGCAGUUAUUCCUUUC